GGCGGGGAGAGCAUCUAGCACAAAUCUGACCGGCUGAGGCGCUGAUGGGGGAGUCCGGACUGGCCAGCAGACUUGUUUGUUCAACCAGGAAGCGGAGCAAAGAUAACUCAGUCUGACCUCAUUGAGAAUUUCUAGCCUACAGUUUGGGAGUUUCCUCUUUUUUACCUUCAUUUUCCACUGGAGGCCGCAGAAGCCUCGGGCUCGAUUUGGCUAACACCGACUGGAGUGCAAGAAGACAUCUUCGGGAUUGUUUGUAAAGUCUCUAAAGCAAUGUAUUCGCGAGAAGUAAUAACAUGUUAACUUUAUAGAGUCAUCUGUCUUUAUGCGACAGCAGGGACGAACUUAUUUGGAGUAGAAACAAAACUAAGCAGUUAAGCUAACUAGUUUGCUAGCUUGCUGGUUAGCUACCUAGCAUCGAAACUCUAAGCAUGUUGAAUGAAUGAAUGAAUUGGCUACCCCUCCGCAUUUAACGAACAACUGCUUGUUUGUAUUACAAGAGCACGUUUAAUAUUGCAUGAGAAGGUACGGGUUGUGUACAACAGGGUGAGCCUGUGUCUCUUUGCCUACGUACCCUCAAAUGGACAGGAAUGCGACCCCUGGUAGUUGGUGGACAGCGGCGAUUUAGCACGCAAAGAUAGUGUCGUGCUACUACUGAUAAAAGCCCGAUAAUGUUUAUAAAGCUGGGGGAAGCUAAUUUUAGCUAGCUACAGAUAUUUGCACUACUUGGACUUGGCUGCAAUAGUGUGAAGCUUAAUCCCGGUUCGGAAUGGGGAAUACGGUGUCAUGCUGCGUCUCUCCCGAGUCGAGCCCAAAACUCCCGUCGAGGCAGCCGGCAGAGCGGCUGGAGGAGCUCCAGACCAGCACCGAAGUGAGCGAUGACAACACCGUGCCCUACCUGCAGCAUAUAAGCGACAGAGAGGUCCCUGAUGAGCUGGCCUUGGAGUCUAACCCAUCUGACCACGCCCGAGCAAGCACCAUCUUCCUUAGCAAGUCCCAGACAGACGUACGAGACAAGAGGAAAAGCAACCACAUAAAUCAUAUCAGUCAUGUAUCUCCUGGUCCACUGUCAAAGAAAUACAGCUCCUGUUCCACAAUCUUCAUAGACGACAACACCGUCAGCCAGCCAAACCUCAAAAGCACAAUCAAAUGUGUCACAUUAGCAAUAUACUACCACAUCAAAAACAGGGACUCAGACAGGUCACUGGACAUCUUUGAUGAGAAGUUGCACCCUUUAUCAAGAGAGCCAGUGCCAGAUGACUACUCCCGUGUCGACCCAGAACACAAACUGAUCUACCGCUUCGUCAGAACGCUCUUCAGUGCUGCACAGCUCACAGCAGAAUGUGCCAUUGUAACUCUAGUGUACUUGGAACGCCUACUGACCUACGCUGAGCUGGAUAUCUGCCCAGCCAACUGGAAGCGCAUCGUCCUGGGAGCCAUCUUGUUGGCCUCCAAAGUCUGGGAUGACCAGGCUGUGUGGAACGUCGACUACUGCCAGAUACUUAAAGACAUCACUGUGGAGGACAUGAAUGAGAUGGAGCGCCACUUUCUGGAACUUCUCCAGUUUAAUAUCAACGUGCCAGCCAGUGUCUAUGCCAAGUACUACUUUGAUCUGCGGCAGCUGGCUGAUGACAACAACCUCAGCUUCCCCCUGGAGCCUCUCAACAACCAACGCGCCCAGAAACUAGAGGCCAUUUCAAGACUAUGUGAAGACAAGUAUAAGGACCUGAGUCGAGCAGCGAUGAGACGAUCCUUCAGCGCAGACAACCUGAUUGGUAUACGACGCUCCAACGCUGUGCUGUCAUAGGCGAGACUGCUGCCCUCUGAUCUCCAAAGCCCAGCUAACCCACCGCCAGCCCCGGACAAGUGCAGCCAUCUUGCAGGUUCAACACCGCUACAUCAGGCAGGAAACGGGCUGGAAAAUGCUCCUGUAUGACCUGCACAAACAGUAACUUAUAUUAGAGCUGUGUGAUUGUCAAAUUACACUUGAAAGUUAGGUGUCAACCUAAAACCACACAGCUAUUGUUUUUACCAAUCCCUUAUUUAUUUCUAACUUGUCCCUUAUUUCUCAGAGGGUGGUAAGUAGGAAUUGCUCUACUACAGUUAUCUCUGAGAGGUAACCUUUGUAUUGUUAUAAAAAUGUAAUUUUUCCCAGAAAUAUUUGAAUUAUUCCCAUGCAACCUGGUGUUAAUUAUAUAGUUUAGUUGUUUCACUAAAUGCCUUGAAUACCAAAACCAACAAUGUUACACAUGCUCACUUGGCUUAACUCUGUUUGACUCAAUGUGUCAGUCAGAUUUACAUCGCCGUUAACGUCAGGAGACCCGCUAUAAAGUGUGUCUUUAACUAACUAGUGGCUGGUUGUCACAAAAGUGACAAAGAACUAGAUGACCCUGAACAAAAUGGGAAUUUGUGAGGAUUUAGGUGGCAAAUAAUCCCUCCAUCUUUGAGCAGGAUGGAAAUAAGAAUAUAAAAUAUACAAAAAAUAAAUGCUCUCUGUCACAUUUCAUAUCCUGUUAACUCUUCACAUUAAAAGUCCCAGUUAUUUUGGUAUUAAAAUUGUAUUAUGGAGCAGCAAAAUCAGUAAAUGUUUGGAUUUUAAUAAGUAGUAACUUAACACAAUUUCUUUUACAGCUAAAAGCAAAGAUGAAACUGUAAAAUCAAGCAGAAAUCUGAAAGUACAAGGACAUGAGAAGGAAACUAAACAUCCUUUUUCAAUUAGAAGAUACAAAAGUACAGAGUUGAGAUAGAAGUUGAAACACUUGUUUGAGCAGGAGAAGGAGGGUCAGCUCUGCACAACUCAA